AUGCUGUUAUUUGCGACGUGGCUACUUCUCCUCGCCACGUCAUCUGAGAUUCUGGCUCAGAAUCCGCCAACCGAUAGAUCGUGUGGAAAUGAUCUAUCCAAUCUGUGGUUGGAUGUGGUAGUGGUUGUGGAUAAUUCGAUAGGGAUGACACAGGCGGGAUUAACAGAGGUGGCUGCUCAAAUCGUGACGAUAUUUGGUGGCGGUACACGGAUCGGAACAAUCGCUUACAGUGAUAAACGGACCGUUCGCGUUGGAUUGGUCACGUAUAACAAUCAGGCGACUGUGCAAGCCGAUCUGAACCGCUUCCAAUCAGCUGAUGAUCUGUUCAACUCGGUUUUCCAAAUUCUCCCUAAAUUGAGCGCAUCGGAUGAGGUGUAUUUGGCAAAAGGGCUCGACGCGGCUGAGUCAGUGCUCUCCGCUGGCAGAAAGAACGCGACUCGUUCAAACUACAAACAGCUGGUUCUGAUCUACGCAUCGGAUUAUAGAGAUGACGGAGAAGAGGAUCCACGUCCGACCGCAGAACGAAUGAAGUCAUCUGGAGUAAGCAUUGCCACGGUGGCAUUCGAUCAAACUGGAAAUGAGGGAGUUGUGAAGGCGAUUGGAGAAAUCGCAAGUCCUGGAUUCAACUUCACGAAUGAGGACGCGGAUUUGGUUCGGGAGAUUCAGGGAGCAAUGAUUAAGACUAACUGCUUCUGCUCCAGCCUCUGGCACCAAUACCGCAAAGAAUUUGGCGUUGAUGGCUCACCGAAAUACGGCGUUUGCCUGAAACCGGUAGCACUCACUGCCGCAUGGGCCCCCGCGAAACUCGGAUGCCAGAACAUGAUCAAGUCCGGAUACAUGGUCACAGAAUUUGAUAAGCAGAAGCACGAUUUUGUUUUUAAGCUCAUCCAAAACGACACCUCGUUCCCUGAGCCAUAUGUCUAUCACAUCGGAUUGAGCUAUGUGAAUGGAGGAUAUUUUUGGCAGCAACCCGUGGGACAUGCACUUGUGCCGUUUCAGCUGAAUGACAGCUUGUGGAAUCCAGGAUUCCCUCAACAAUCCUCAAGUAACACGGCAGUUUUGAAUCAACAAGCCAUUGCCACUGAGAUUUCUGUUGGAUGGCAAAAUACCAAUCAGUAUACUGUACCCGAGAGAUAUGUCUGUGAGGUGGCUUCAUGUGAUACUGAUACCUAUUGUGAAUAA